CCUCCAGUGGAAAGGUGGCGCCAGGCUCUUCAGUACAGUCCAUCAGAGGUCCCUGAAGCUGCCUCUAGGAAGGAGCAUCACUAUAGCAGGAAGGGGCAGGACCAAGGCUAAGAGCGGCAGCUGGGCAUACCUGAGACAGGCAGGUAUCAUCCUCUCGGAUGGAGGAACAUCCCUGUAUACACUGCACUCAUUGUUCCACCUUGAUGCCUCCUCGGUGCAUCCCUGCGGGUGUUACUGAGUGAUUCGAAGACCAGGCUGUAGAGGAAGAUAGGGAAUGAUUAAGGGCAGAGCAGUGGAAAGAAAGGGGGCCCUCAUCAUCUCAAUGUGAUGGGACCUGUCCAACUCUGAAAGGGCUCUUUGGGAACAGGUGAAAGGCCAAGAUGCCCAUGCAUGCAGUGAGCCCCGAGUUGGGAGAAGAGCCUGGUCUUGUUCAGGCUCAACACAGAGGGGGAUUCUUUGGAGGAGCCAAACAGAAAGAACAAAAGGAUGAGGAGUGGGAUUCAGGCGCACAACAAAGUUUCAAGCUGUUCAGCUACCAGGAGGCCUUGGGUCCCCGAGAGGUGUGCAGCCGCCUCCAUUCUCUCUGCCGCCUGUGGCUGAAGCCCGAGCCACACUCCAAGGCGGAGAUGCUGGACCUGGUGAUCCUGGAGCGGUUCCUGGCCGUCCUUCCUGCGGAGAUGGAGCGCUGGGUCAGGGAAUGUGGGGCAGAGACCAGCUCCCAGGCUGUGGCCUUGGCAGAAGGAUUCCUCCUGAGUCGGGCAGAAUCGAGCAAACGCAAAGAGCAGCAGAACGUUUUUGUGAAAGAGGCGGCUGAAGUGAAGAAUGAGUGGGCGGUGAAAGAUGGUGACAGAGCCUCUACCUCAGUGGGAGGUGGAAUGAGGUCCCAGCUUAUAUGUCCAAGCACAUCUUUUCAGUAUGGUUUGAGAACACCUUCUGCAAGACAGGGUGAGGUGACUUUCCAAGAUGUGGCUGUGGAUUUUUCCGAAGGGGAGUUGGCCCUGCUGGACCCCGGCCAAAGAGUGCUCCACAGAGAGGUGAUGGAGGAGAAUUGGGAGCUCGUGUCCACCCAGGGCUCUGAGCAGUUGUGUUGCUCUUUUCCAGGUGGAAGCAACCAGCUGAGUGAGAAGGAAGGAGAAACCCACAGAGCAUUUCUGCAAAGAGUCCGCUGUAAACAGAAGAAUGAGAAUCAAAUAAAAUCUGACCCUCCAAAGAGGGGGAACAUUCUUUCUCAGAGUGGUGAGGUCUGUGAAACCUCCCUUGAAGAAAUAGCACAGAAAGGAAGGGAGAGACAGCUUUGUCUUGUAUGUGGGAGGAGCUUUAGAUGUAAAACAAGCCUGAAUCUUCACAGGAGAGUUCACACAAGGGAGAACUCUUCCAAAAGUAGUGAAUGUGGGAAGACAUCCAGUUUGACUUCAUAUAGAAGGACUCACACAGGAGAAAAACCAUUCAAGUGCCUGAGAUGUGGAAGGAGAUUCAAGUGGAGGUCACAACUGAUACCACACCAGGAGGCUCAUGUAGAAGGCAAGCCAUUUAAAUGUUUGGAGUGUGGAAAGAGCUUCAGUUGGAAGGUGAAUCUCAGUCGUCACCAAGCAGUCCACAGAAGGGAGAAACCAUUUGAAUGCUUGGAAUGCGGGAAGAGCUUCAGUUGGAAAAUAAUCUUCACUAGUCAUCGAGCGAGACACUCGGGGGAGAAACCAUUUGAAUGCUUGGAAUGUGGGAAGGCCUUCAGUUGCAAGAUGAAUUUUGCUUCUCAUCGAGUCAGUCAUACAGGGGAGCCGCGUUUUCGGUGCUUGGAGUGUGGGAAAGGUUUCAGCCACAAAGGCAGCCUCAAUCGUCACCGAGCAUCUCACACCGGGGAGAAAGUAUUUAAAUGUCCAGAGUGUGGGAAAAGCUUCAAUCAUGAAAUAAGCCUCCUCUGUCAUCAAAGAACUCACACCGGAGAGAAACUCUAUAAAUGCCCUGAGUGUGGAAAAGCCUUCAGUCGGAAGACGAACCUCAUUCGUCACCAAGCCACUCACACAGGAGAGAAGUUCUUCAGGUGUUUUGAGUGUGGAAAGACCUUCAAUCGGAAGGGAAACCUCAUUUGUCACCAAGCCACUCACACAGGGGAGAAGCGGUUUAAAUGCUCGGUGUGUGAGAAAAGCUUCAGUUGGAAGAGAAGUCUCAGUCGCCAUCAAGCGACUCACACCGGGGAGAAACUGUUUACGUGCCUCAAGUGUGGGAAGAGCUUCAGCCAGAAGACAAACCUCAUUCAUCACCAAGCGACUCACACCGGGGAGAAACCCUUUAAGUGCUUGCAAUGUGGGAAAAGCUUCAGCCAGAAGACAAACCUGACUUCUCAUCAAGUGAUUCACACGGGGGAGAAGCGGUUCAAAUGCCUCGAGUGUGGGAAAAGCUUCCGUCAGAAGGCAAACCUUGCUUCACAUCAAACGACUCACACAAGGGAGAAACCAUUUAAAUGCCUUGAGUGUGAGAAAAGCUUCAGUCGGAAGAGAAACCUCAUUUGUCACCUGGCGACGCACGCAGAUGAGAAAUUGUUUAAAUGCCUCGAGUGUGGGAAAAGCUUCAGCGAGGAGAUCAAGUUCACUUUUCAUCAAGCGACACACACUGGCGAGAAGCUGUUUAAAUGUGUUGAAUGUGAGAAAAGCUUCAGUCGGAAGACAGGCCUCACUCGUCAUCAAAGGACUCAUAGCGGAGAGAAGCCAUUCAAGUGCUUGGAGUGCGGGAAGACCUUCAGUCAGAAGACAAACCUCAGUUGUCACCAAGCAACUCACACUGGAGAGAAGCCCUUUAAAUGCCAGGAGUGUGGGAAAAGCUUCAGUCAGAAGACCCACCUUGGUCGUCAUCAAAGAAUUCACACAAAGGUCAAAUGGUAGAACUGGUUUGACACCAUUACACUUUCAGUCAGAACUGAGAUCUUACAUAUUAUUGAAGAAUUCAUAUACAGAAGGUACCAUUUUUUGUAUACCAGAGCAGGAACACCUCUGUCCUUAAAUACCACACUGGUGUAGUAAAACCCACAAGCAGUUUAUUGAAAGAUAUAUGUAAGCAGGGUAAUAAAAAUGGCCCCAGUGGUGCAGUGGAUUAAACCCCUGUGCCGGCAGGACUGAAGACCGACAGGUCGCAGGUUCGAAUCCGGGGAGAGUGCGGAUGAGCUCCCUCUAUCAGCUCCAGCUCCUCAUGCAGGGACAUGAAAGAAGCCUCCCACAAGGAUGGUAACACAUCAAAACAUCCAGGUGUCCCCGGGGCAACAUCCUUGCAGAUGGCCACCAGUUUCUCAAGUCACUCCUGACAUGACAAAAAAUAAAUAAAAAUGGUAAAAACAGUAUAUUUCAAAGCAAUAUUGCUCCAAGAUAAAAGUCAAUCCAUAGACUUCCAGGUAACAAGUAAAAACACAAGAUCCAGGGUACAGAAUCUAUAGAACAAGGCAGAAUGAAAGUCCAGUGAAUAGAAUGGGAACUUGGCAAAACUUGAAACAUGAAAAUAGAAAUGCACUUGGAAAAACAAGACUGUCAUGAAGUAUCAAUGUUGACAAGACUGACGUCUGUCAGAGUGAUUUGAAUGCAAUU